AUGGCGGCAGCAACUGUGUACUUGGAGUUCUUCUUUGAUGGCUCGCCCGAGGAGAUCCAAGAUCAGGAGGAGGUCUUCAAGCAAGCCUUCGAACACAUGAUUGAAGAGCAGUUGCAGGAGCAGCGCGUGACGCAAUUUCGUCAAAAGUUGGCAGCUCGCCGUCGAAGAGGGCAGGGCAGCACAGAAGCUGGUGACGAAGAGUGGAUCUGGCCUUGGAAUCACGAGCGUGUUGAGGAGGAGCUUCAAGCUGUACGACAACAGCCCGUAGAACCUCCAGCACUCUUACCUCAAGCGACCUGUGCCAGCUACAGAGCUGAGCACUCGCUCAAUUCGUGA